GCCAAAUAGUAACAGUGUGAAUGGAUGAUUGUAGAAGUAUGUUGUAGCCAAUAGGGGUGCUAGAGCGGGUCAGCGCGUCGCGUUGCCAACUCUAACUCCGCUUGGAUUCCUUGGAAUGACUUGCUUCCUCAAGCUCCUCUCUGCAUUGACCAAACUCUGAACUGCAGGCAGGAUAUAUUAUAAAAUACUGCUCAAAAUGCCCUCGCCCACGCCCGCGCCCGACCCUCAGCAGCCUCAACAGCAGGGAGAAGCCGUCGAAACUACCGCUGCGUCCCCCUCUCCCCCACCACCUCCGCCUGUUGCCCUGACUCCAGGCCCGCGCGCCUCGCGAUUCCAGGAUAUCUAUCAUAAAGCCCUCCGUGCAACUGUGAAAGCAAACUCAUACGAGAAUUUCGCAUCAUGUUUCCCUACCCCCGCGAGGCACGUGCCAGCGAGCCUGGAGUCGGUGCAUCGCCAGUUAAACGCCAAAUUGGAAGAAGGCGCAACGGCUGAGUUUAAUGAGAUUGUCAGGGAACGAGAGGCGAUUAAGGGGCUGAAUGAAUUGGACAGAUUGGUGAGUGAGGCCAGGCGGCGGAAGGAUAAUGGAGAGAGCGAGAGUGCUGUGCCCCCUCAUAUGAUGGGUGCAGACAACCUCUAUCAGGCGCAUCUAGCGCCGUACCUGCAACAUGCCCAAGACUCGCUCAACGCAAAGCUCGAGACCACGCAGUCGCAGAACGCGGAAUUGGCCGAUAAGAUUAUUUCUCAGCGCAAGGAGAUUGAAUCAUUGUUAUCAGGGCUAGAAGCUGUUAUGGCAGACCUCGAAGGAUCGGCCAAUGCAUCCACGCAGUACAGCAGGGAGAACAGUCUUCGACAGCAAAGUAUGCAAGUCGACGAGGAUGUUCAAAAAAGUAACGCAGCCUGAAAGAUCACCAACUCGAUGGUAUUGUUUGAUUAUCUAU